CUCAAGUUGUGGCUUGAUGUCUUCUGACUCGAUCCAUGUGGGUUCGGUUGUCCAGUUUGACAGCUCCACCUGGCCUGAUCCUAGUCGGCGCGCUGGUUUUGCAAUUUGCCGAUGAAAAGGGUGUUUGGCGAGUUCGUGCUUGUAAACCAGGUGCAGAUAAAUAAGUUGUUGUCAAUCCAGAACAAAAGGCUUGCGCUAUUGCAUUCCACGUUGACCAUUUGUGCCUUUGGGGUUUUGUUUUACAACGUCUAUAGUGCAUACCCGUACGCUCGCGUCUAUCGCCCUUCGGGCAAGGCCUUGGAACUUUGGGCCACGAGAGGUGUUGCUGACCAGGAUUGCUCGAAUUCUGCUCUCCAAAAGUACGCCUACGAGUGCGACGGGGACUGGGUCUACAAGCCAGGUAAAUGUGCCCCACUACCUCGUGGCCUGUCCGUCCGGAAGUCUGCGGGCUCGUUGUUCAUCCCGACGUACAGUUCUGACGAGCUCAUUGAGACAGCUCACACGACUGCGGCGUGCGCCGCUCUCGAGCAAGUUUGCGGAAACGAGGCCACAUUCUCGAAUAUUUCUGGGGCUGACCACUGCACAUGCAUUACCCGCGACGAGUUUAUCGUGUUGGGGUCAGAUGACCAUCAUAUCCACUUUAACCACGGAUUUGCAGUAGACACUGUCCAAGAUGGAAGGGCAACGAAUCAUCAAACAUAUUUAGGAAAAUAUGUACCAGACGGGAUCCUGAGCAUAACUCGGGGACCCGACGGGGCAGAGUGCGCCAUAUCGGGGAAAUCGCGGUGGGCGCCCGGGGAGAAAAUCCACGGCAGCAUGCGAGAAAUGUUGAAGUGCGGCGGAGUGUCAUUGGACGACCAGCAGCCCAUGUUGCGCGGUGACAUGUCCCAACCGGAUUCACCACAUGCGCGUAUCACAGGCGCAAUCUUAGAAAUCCAGGUGUCGUACGCCAAUAUGGAAGCCAUCGCCAACCAUACUGGCAUUGUGGCGAACAUUGCUUUCAAUGUUAACCCGACAUGGAACAGCGAAAUUACCGUUGACUACUCUGGAUUCGCAGAGUCAUCAGGUUCAACUGCUGGCGCGACGUACAAACAUCGCUACACCUACGGAGUAUCAGUGUACGCAAAAGUGGGUGGUGUAAUCGGAUAUUUUGACUAUUUCAUGUGUUUUACUGUGGUAAUGACGAGCAUCACCAUGCUAAGCCUUCCCACCAAGAUCGUGACAUUUGUGGCCGUUCAUUGUUUGGGCCUUUGCUCAGUCAUAUAUGCAAGGGAGCGGGUGGACCGGCUUCACAUUGGAAGCGAUCUUGUGGGUUAUUGCGCGCGCUUAAUGGGCCAUGGAGAGUCUUACAAAAGCAUUGUGUCAAGACGGCAAGCCGCAUCGGCGGAGGAGAUGGACGGUCGCGCACUCGUUGACCUCUUGACUGAGACAUUUACCAGCGGGGAUGGUCAGAAACCCGACAAGCAGGAUAUGUCCAAGUUGUCGGAUGUGAUCAUCGCCGCUGUUGACGUCGACGGGGAUAGCGUUUUGACUUUGAACGAAUUCAUCCGCAUGGCUUCGUCGAAAGAGUCGUUCAGGGUGUCGGAGGCCAUUGCAUUCUUUGAUACAGACCGACAGAAGGGUCUAAUGGAGAGAUUAUUCGGUGAACCAAGCUUGGACUCACAGAAGGUCCAGGCAAAGAUGAGACGCUUGAACGCGGCUGAAGCAUGGUGGACCAAGCGUGGACAGACAAUGUGCACCCUCGACAGCGGGCUGACAAGGCAUCGGACGUCUGGCGCCUCUUCGCUGGGGGCAGCCGGCGAUAUCGCGGACGGACCGCAUAAUGUUGUGAUUCCGAUUAGCGAUCACAAAACGGUGCCAGCGCCACCCUGUAAUGACCCCGCGGCACCUGGACUGGAGGCCGCUACUGUCACCGCUGAAACGGAGCCGCGUUCGCCAGGGGCAACAACAAUUGGGAACACUUCUGCCGCAAGAGCACAAGACAAUACAAGCAGUACUGGAUCAGGUGUGCUGGGGCAUGCUAGCGAGGCUGGCUUGGCGAGAUCAGAUCGGGAUGACAUGGUAAUGCAGGCAGGGCCCGACCCCCUGAAAAAGAAGAAGAAGAAGAAUGUGCAGUAAGCCGCCCAGUCGCAGACCAGCACAGGGCGCUACGAUACUGUUUGUCCCCAGUCCGUUGACUGCUACAGUUCUGUCUCAAAGGGGGUUAGCCUGUCGCCAUCCUCAGAACGAGCCUCAGCCAUCUUCAUCACCAGAUACUCUCGGCGCUGAGGUGUUGGUUCGCGUGGAGGGGGGUCUGUCUGCCUAUGAGGAUGCGAGCCGUAAUUGCAUGGCCUGAAUUUUAUUAGUGGAGCUGCUCACUCCUUGCGUCACUGCGUCGGGCUUCGGCAAUUUUCAAUCACAGCUUAUGAUCGUAGCCGAUCUGCGGCGCAAUGCUUGCCUGUAUACAUAACGGGGGACCGGGUCCGGGGGCAGGCGCA